AACGAGCUUCCCCUGCCACCUGCUUGUGGCUGUGCGUUUCCCUCUGCUGCUGUAACACUACUGCAGAUAGGUGGGACCACCCUGAGCUUGCAGGGGCCAGUUCUGGGCUUGCUGAGAACCAUGCAUGGGCAGUGUGAUUAAUUGCUUUUCUCACAGGUACUGGCAGUGUUAGUCUGCAAGCAGAAUGAGACUGGCUGGGACCUGGACCAGUGCUGUGCAGCCAGGAGAUGCUGAAGGUGAUUGUGGCACUUGGCCCUCAGCACAAGGGUUCAGCUGGGUGAGAUCCUACAUGAACAAAGCAGACCCAGUCCUGCUGUGCACCGAUAUCACCUUGAGUGGAGCCCGCUCCUGCUCAGCAGUGCUGUGCAGCAGCACAGGCGCAGUUAAUGAUUGAUAACGCUGCUGCCUGGGCUCUGUGCUGCUGCCCAGCUGGAAGCAGCAUGCUGCUGCUGGUGCUCCUGGUGCUGGGGCUGCCAGGUCCUGCCGCGUGCCCCAGGACUGAGCCCCUGAGCGGGACCAGCAGCGAGCCCCUGUUCCGCGGUGCUGAUCGCUAUGACUUUGCCGUCGUUGUCCACGCUGGCACUUCUGAGUGCUUCUGGCAGUUCGCACACCAGAGUGGCAAUUUCUUCUUCAGCUUUGAGGUGCAGAGGGCGACAGGCAUGGCCAACAGCAGGAACAUCCUGGCCACAGCAACAGACCCCAAUGGCUUCCAGCUCGGCGCCUCCCAGGACGUGCGAGGACAGAUCAACUUCCUGACCAAGGAGACAGGUUUCUACCAGCUGUGCCUGGACAAUGGGCAAAAUCACUUUGGCUUUGUGCAGGUGUAUCUCAACUUUGGUGUCUACUAUGAUGGUUUCAACAUGGAAAAGGAGCAGGUAAAAGAGAGGAAACAGUUGAAUGACACACUGGAUGCCAUUGGGGACAGCAUUCAGAAACUGCAGAUCCACAUCUUCCACAUGUGGAGGUUCUACAACUUUGCCCGGAUGAGGAAAGGGGCCGAUUACUUCCUCCUCGAGUCCAACUACCACUACGUCAACUGGUGGUCCAUGGCUCAGAGCUGCGUCAUUGUCCUCUCUGGGGUCCUGCAGCUUUACUUCUUGAAGCGUCUCUUCAACGUGCAGAGCUCCGGGAAGCCGACGUGCUGACAGCUCCCUGACACAGCACAGCCCACAGGAGCAGAGCUCCACCUGCAGCAGUGACUGAGGGGCUAAACGGCACCUCUGCAUCAGCCCCUUUGUUUCCCACAGAGCUGGAAGAGAAAGCCCAGGUCCUGCCCUGGGGAGGAGGUGACAUGGUGUAGCUGGAAGCAAAGCUCGCUCACCUCCCACUUUUAAAUGAAAUUACCUCUAGG